AGUACAGUGUCCGAAGCAUUGGCACUAUAGGUUCGAUCCACAUCCGCUCUGAUUUUUCCUCUCCUAAAGGCGCCCAGCGCCACAAAGUCCUCCGCCUAAUUCGGUGGUAGCCUUCACCCGUCUUCUUCACCAACAUUACAGACCUGCCCUUGUCUUCCCGUUCUCCACUUCGAAAAACUUAUGAGCGAAUACUGGGUGUCACAUAAAAAGUACUUUUGCAAGUACUGCGACAUCUACAUCGCAGAUGACAAGCCAUCGCGGACUCAACAUGAAACCGGCCUGCGGCAUAAGGGCAAUGUCGAGCGAUUUGUGCGGGGGCUGUACAAGGCUGGAGAGAAGCGAAAGCAGGAUUCUGAAGAGGAGAGACGAGAGAUGGCUCGCAUCGAACGAGCAGCUGCGGCGUCGUACGCGCAAGAUGUCAGCUCUGGUCUGGUCAAACCCGGCAGUAGUAGCGUCGCAUCUGCAAAACAAACCCAAGCAGGCCCAAGUAAACCUUCUGCGAGACCCUCUGACCCAUACGCGAACUACACGACCGCUGCGUCACUAGGCUACGCGGACCCCGAUGAGGAAAGGCGGAGGGCAGAAGCAGAGAGGCGAAGGAAUCAAGGAGUCGUUGGCGCAUGGGAGGUUAUUGCUGUAGAGGAGCCUGUGUCUGCUGGAGAAGCUGAAGAAGCUGGAGAAGAGCAAGAGGAAGCAGGAGGUCGUGAGGAUGGUGGGGAGGGCGGUACCCCUCCAGUGCCUGCGCAGCCUAGUCUAAAGCGCGAAGCGGAAGCGCCUCCGGAUGACGACGACGCUCGCCAGUUCAAAUUUCGUCGAAAGAAGCUAGACACUGGCUUCGGCGAGAUAUACGACCCAGGGCUCAUACCUGUUAAGCUCAAGGCGAAGAAAGAAGAGCUGGCAGAGUCAACUCUGAAGAUGGAGGAAUCCCUCGCACCCGUUCGACUUGCACCCUCUGUCUCGAACCCUAACGCCACAGCCAUGCCAAAGUGGUCCGCGAGAGGUUGGUCAAAGCCUGGGGAGGCAAAGGAGGCAAAGGAGGCAAAACAGUACGAAGUGCUGCUUGCAGCCGAGCCGCCAAUCUUGCCUAAUGCUGCCGAAUCCGCUGCGGUUAACGAAAAUACGACGGCAUCAGAUGCGCAAGAGACCACGCAGGUCACAGACGACCCACCUGCGGAGAAUAAAGAGCCGGAGGUUAAAGGAGAAGAAGCGUUCGAGGUCAAGAAGGAAUCGGAGACCAUUACUUCCAUGGCGCCACCGAGCUUGUUCAAGAAACGUAAGGCACCUUUGGCGUCAGCUGGAAGUCGGGGAAGGGGGCUGUGAGCAGGUGGUAUACUUUCUCCGCACCGUGUGGUCGUUACGGAGCUGACGGUUGGAAAAUCUGACGUGGUACAAGCAUCCGACGACAAGCUGAGGCGCAUGAGCGAGAUUAUGUCGGCGUCGAAGCACCGGCGGUGGAUGAUGCUGCCGCAAUACUACUUUACUCAAUGAUGCCAGUUUGUUGGGAGGCGUAUUAUACAUUGUUCGGUGCGCGCCGCCGUCUACUGCUGACGCUUUAAUUGGGGAAUUUAGUAAGCGAUCUGACUUCAAAGCUUCACAAGCAUCCCACCCGCGGGACUAGUGGUUUUGGGAUUGCUGAGACCUCGAGGGCGUUCAUAGAAGCGGUAUAGCUGAAGCUAGAUGCCGUAGCCGCGCGAAGUACAUGAAUGUCCGAGAGCAGAAUCGG